AUGGCCGAAAAGACGAACCAGCGGCUACUCAAGGAGCGUGAAAUGAUAGCAAAAAUUACAAGUCAGGAAGUGAAGCAAUAUUUUGAAUGUUCCAUGCUCAUGGUAGUGAUUCGAUAUCCCAGGAUUAGCUUCUUCUGUAAGAGAGGAAUGGCGGUCAGUGCAAUAGCUGACACCAUGUCACGAGAUCGCAUUUUCUUGCUGAGAUCCAACCUGUGCUGCCAACUUGAAAGUGAUGUCACUGACGAAGAGAAUAAACGUGAAAGACUCUGGAAGGUUGCGCCAUUUGUUAAGAUGGCCCGGAGUGGAUGCUUGGCUUUGGAAAGACCCAACUGGUUUUGUGUGGACGAACAGAUAAUCCCACUUUCAGGGCGCUGUCCUGCGAAACAGUAUGUACCAAAUAAACCGAAUCCCGUGGGUCUAAAAAAUCUUGUUCUGGCAGGAAAGGAUGGAGUCAUCUAUGACUUCAGCAUCUACAAGAGCAAAGACACAUUUCCUGAUUUUGGCCUUGGUGUGUCAGUGCCAGUAUUUUCCACACUGUACUUUGACCGCUGGUUCUCAUCAGUCCCCUUGAUGGAUGAGCUAAUGAAGAAAAACAUUUUUGGCACUGGCACGCUCAUGAAGAACAGACUACCAAAGGAGGCACACUUCAUGAACGACAAGGACUUGAUGAAGAAGGCACGGGGUUUCUGA